UCAUAUACACAAUACACCAUUAUCAUUCACCUUACUACAUACGAAUAGAUUCACUCAUACGUCAUAAUUGACAACGCAAAUAUCGAAAAUAUCGAAAAUAAGUAUCAGUCUUCGUACUGGUAUCAACUCACUAUGGCGGACCCUCAGCCUCCAAGUUCGUCUGGUGGAUUUAGUCUCACGAACAUGCCCGCAGACGUUAUUUAUAACAUACUGGAACAUAUCGACACUGCACAGGGCGUGGCUCGUUUGUCCAGAACCAGCAGAACGAUGAAUCAUGUCAUCGAGGAGAAGGGUUGGCGAAUUUGGGUCAAGUCACGAUUCACGCUGUUCAACCCUUCCGCAGUCUUGUCAAACAAGGAGUGGGCAGAACGUGCCAGAGUUUUGACUGCGCAGUCAAGAGACUGGGACCGACGAGGUGUAUUGGUCAAGAUUCUCACGCCACCUCCUAGUCAGCAGAUCCGAGCCCCAUUGCAGGCCAACAACCAAAAUAAUAACCAAAAUCAAUCAAUUCCCUGCAACAUCUUGGUCGAUGCUUACCACCAUCGCCUAGGUCAGGAUGCUCAGGAACUCGUCUUCUGGGGCGCCGGGGAAGACGUCUUUGGUAUGCUGCGUCACAAUAUUCCCAAUAGCCGUCCAUGGGAUGAGUGGAUGGGCAGCAGAGGCGCCAAGAUUGGUUAUAGUUCUGGAAGAGACGACAUUACGGCCGUCUCCAUUCUGAAGGACGUCCGGUACAACUAUGGACCAACAGAUGACUACCAAGUUUUAGUGGGCAGAGCCAGCGGCAAACUUCAUAUGAUGUCUAUGGCUACCCAUAACUUUGGGAAACAGCUCGUAGAGUUUCGAGAACCUUCUCUUUCUGGAAUCCAAAGGAAUAUUCAGGCUGUGGAUUUCAACUACCAACUAGGUCUAAUCGCGGCGGCAACGAAGGAGGGCAUACUAACCUACUCCACGAAGCCCGACGAGGAACUGAUCCGUCACAGCAGCGAUGGUACACGAGAACCAUACAUUUUACCCGUAAAUUCAGUCGUGUUGAAAGCUAAUCCUGCUGGUUGCGGAAGAUUCGAUUUCAUCCGCCAAGUCAAAUACGUAAACGAAGAUACACUGGCUGUAAGCCUUAACAGUGCUCACAACCCCAUUCAAUACGUGAAAUACACACCGGACAGAGUUCACACUUCUUCGGCGGCCAAGAUGUCUAAUGACGGCUCGCGGGAGCUCAGAACUGCUCGAGCACUUCUCCCAUUGAAUAUGAGUUCAUUCGCAAGUGGAAGUGGUAAAUCUCUUCUCAGCUCGUGGGACGAUGGAACCGUUCAGUUGCAAGAUAUUCGCACGCGCUCUCGAUUUGACAUGGUCUUUCAAGAUAAUUUUGACCUCGCGACACCCAUUAGCGCCCUUCUUACCCGCGGCACCGAACAGUUUUUCGGUGGCAGCGCCCAGUCCUCGGUCCUGAAAGUGUUCGACUACCGCUGGCCCAAGGGUUACUAUCAUACCGAUGCCCUGGCUUGCGGUAAUGACACGCCAUACCCGGUCAGCCAUCCACCAGUCAUAGUGAAGGAACCAUAUUUCCGAUCGGACAGACUCAGGUGCAAGCACGCACACGGAAAACCGUGUCGCUGGCACGCACUCUCUAAACUGGAUUACCACCGACCUAAUUUCAAUAUGUGGUUGAACCCCAAACAAAACAACCUCUCUCCCGUCUACUCUCUCGCGAUGGCGUCCGAUGACUCGGCCUCCGUAUUCGCCGGCCUCGGGGGACGCUUGGCCGAAAUUACGGUCAGACACUAUUACCCUCAUUAUAACCCACGAGAGUCCAGCAAAUUAGCCCGAAAUGUUAAGCACAGUUCGCAACUUCAAAUGGUCUCCGUUAUAGAUACAGGUCCCGGAUUCCUGGUGACCGACCCCGCCCGCUCGGCGCGCAUGCCCAUCAUUCGGCGCCAGGCUAAGCGGGCCCCCCCACUGCACCCUGACCCUGACUUUGAAGCCUGGACAAGUCGCCACCGAUUCGAUACCUGGCUCCAAGGGAGACGUGAUUCAUGAUGGAGAGUGGAGAGGGGAGUAGCCCCGUAAGGAAUGAGAAUGUGAAAGGUUAGGACUACUGCCGACAUCGAAACGGAAGAACAAAUGCAUAUGGGAUGAAGAGGGGGAGGAAGACUACAUUGACGUUGGUGGCAAUGAUGAAGAGAUUGUUGAUUGAGCCGGAACUAUGGUCUACAGAGGCCUUAUUCCUGGUUAUAAGAAGUUGAAGUUGAAGUCGCAGGAUGUUCUGCUUUGGUAUUUCCAAUACCAGAUUACUGCAUACGAAAUGAAUAAGGGGAGGAAGAUUACAUUGACGAUGGUGGAAAGAGAGUUUGUUAGCCGGAACUAUGGUCUGUAUAGGCCGUAUUCUUGGUUGUUAGAAGUUGAAGUCGCAGGAUGUUCUGAUUUGGUGGCCUACAUUGGCCCCAGGUCCUACCUGACAGAGUAAUAGGGGAGGAAGAUGCGAUCGUCAUGGGUCCAACGUUGACGAUUAUUUACACAGCAU